UACCGGAGGAAGCCUAUCCGGGACUCCAAGCCGACCUGCGGCCCCGCCCUGCGGCCCACCCCGAGGCCUGUGUGGGCCCGAGGGCCUUAGCCGGGGCGGGCUGCACUGCAGCCAGAAGCCCAGUCCGGAAUGGGGGCCGCCCAGACUUGGCCUCGUGCAGCGCCCGUGCUCCAUGGACCUGGAUUCGGGGACAAGCCUCACCUGUCCUCAGGCCCAGCCCCUCACCUCCAGUCCUCAGGCCCAGCCCCUCACCUCCCGUCCUCAGGCCGGGCCCCAAACCUCCCGUCCUCAGGCCCGGCCCCAAACCUCCCGUCCUCAGGCCGGGCCCCUCACCUCCCGUCCUCAGGCCGGGCCCCAAACCUCCCGUCCUCAGGCCGGGCCCUCACCUCCCGUCCUCAGGCCGGGCCCCAAACCUCCCGUCCUCAGGCCGGGCCCCUCACCUCCCGUCCUCAGGCCGGGCCCCAAACCUCCCGUCCUCAGGCCCGGCCCCUCACCUCCCGUCCUCAGGCCGGGCCCCUCACCUCCCGUCCUCAGGCCCGGCCCCUCACCUCCCGUCCUCAGGCCCGGCCCCAAACCUCCCGUCCUCAGGCCGGGCCCUCACCUCCCGUCCUCAGGCCGGGCCCUCACCUCCCGUCCUCAGGCCGGGCCCCUCACCUCCCGUCCUCAGGCCCGGCCCCUCACCUCCCGUCCUCAGGCCGGGCCCUCACCUCCCGUCCUCAGGCCGGGCCCUCACCUCCCGUCCUCAGGCCGGGCCCUCACCUCCCGUCCUCAGGCCGGGCCCCCCACCUCCCGUCCUCAGGCCCGGCCCCAAACCUCCCGUCCUCAGGCCGGGCCCCUCACCUCCCGUCCUCAGGCCCGGCCCCCCACCUCCCGUCCUCAGGCCUGCCGCCCCACUGCCCCGCGGAUGCAUGGGCCAUUUCUACCCGAGGACAUUACUUGCCUCAUGACACUGACCAGAGUACUGAAGAGCACAAAAUCCCAGGAAGUUGCUAUUUCUCACAUCCAUAGCCCUGUGGUGUCCAGUGUGCUGUACACACUGAUCCCUAGCAAAGGCAAGUCCAACACCUCCAUCUAGGCUGGAACCGUGGGUGUGCGGACUGCAGUACCCGUGAUCCCAACCACAGGACGAGGCGGUGUGUGGACUGCGAGCACCCGUGAUCCCAACCACAGGACAAGGCGGUGUAUGGACUGGAGUACCCAUGACCCAACCAACCACAGGACGAGGCAGUGUAUGGACUGGAGUACCCGUGACCCCACCAACCACAGGACAAGGCAGUGUAUGGACUGGAGUACCCGUGACCCAACCACAGGACAAGGCAGUGUAUGGACUGGAGUACCCGUGACCCCAACCAACCACAGAACGAGGCAGUGUAUGGACUGGAGCACCCGUGACCCAACCACAGGACAAGGCAGUGUGUGGACUGGAGCAACGGUGACCCCAACCACAGGACAAGGCAGUGUAUGGACUGGAGCACCUGUGACCCAACCACAGGACGAGGCAGUGUAUGGACUGGAGCACCCGUGACCCAACCACAGGACGAGGCAGUGUAUGGACUGCAUGCAGUACCCGUGACCCAACCACAGGACGAGGCAGUGUAUGGACUGCAUGCAGUACCCGUGACCCAACCACAGGACGAGGCAGUGUAUGGACUGGAGCACCCGUGACCCAACCACAGGACGAGGCAGUGUAUGGACUGGAGCACCCGUGACCCCAACCACAGGACAAGGCAGUGUAUGGACUGGAGCACCCGUGACCCAACCACAGGACGAGGCAGUGUAUGGACUGGAGUACCUGUGUUCCCAACCAACCACAGGACGAGGCAGUGUAUGGACUGGAGUACCUGUGUUCCCAACCAACCACAGGACGAGGCAGUGUAUGGACUGGAGUACCUGUGUUCCCAACCAACCACAGGACGAGGCGGUGUGUGGACUGGAGCACCCGUGACCCCAACCACAGGACAAGGUGGUGUGUGGACUGGAGUACCCGUGACCCAACCACAGGACGAGGCGGUGUGUGGACUGGAGUACCCGUGACCCAACCACAGGACGAGGCAGUGUAUGGACUGCAGUACCUGUGUUCCCAACCAACCACAGGACGAGGCGGUGUGUGGACUGGAGCACCCGUGACCUAACCACAGGACGAGGCAGUGUAUGGACUGGAGCACCCGUGACCCCAACCUCACAUAUGCUGCGGUGUGUGGCACAGCCCGCCACCUCUGGACCGGUUCUAUUAAAGACAUGUCAGGGCAUUCUGGGCUUACUUUGUUAGAAAAGAAAGAUCUUUCUAGGAGGAUGGAAGAAUCCAGUUCCUCAGGAACACAGGUCUGCAUUAGGAGUAACAGGAGAGGGUUGUGUGUUCCCUGUAAGGCAGGGUGAGGAGGUCACGUGCGGCCCCUCGGGUGAAGCACUAGGCCCAGUUCACUCACACGCAGCUCUCACACCAUCGCUCAGACCUGCACGGUGACCAGGUCUUUGAUGACAGCAACGUUGUCCACUAGGUCUGAGGGAGCAAACGGAGCAAGACGAGCUGGGCCUAGUGGUCAGGACGGUCUCUGGAAGUCCAGCGAGGACGGCAGGUGGCAGAGUAUGCCUGUGUGGUAGAGCCUGCCAGGGUUUGAGAUGAGGUCCAGGUAUCCCAGAGACACAUUUUUAUUUUAAUAAAUUUUAAAAUGUUUAGGUCUGAGUACAA